AGAAGUGCUAAGACGGAUGCAGCUCCACCCAGCUACAAAUAAUCUUUACCUGCACUUCUAUUCGCAGUCGUUCGCCCGCGUACGCAGAACGGCUCCUCCAUCGAAGCCACCACCCCCUCCUCUCGACUUCUCCCAGAGCUCCGAACCCGGAUGGCUCGAAGCCUGCCUCCUCUUUAACUUCUGAUCAAUUGAAGAAGCUCGUGCAGCAACUUGUACCGCAUCCCCGAACACUCCCCGUCCAUCAACACCACCGCCGAGUCGAACAUAGGCGCAAUGGCGCAUAUCAGAGCUCGAGCUCCCCAGGCAGCUCUGCAAGGUCUCAGGGCCGCAAGCCCGGCCCCGCGCCGGCGAUGCGUCGCUCUCGCCAGUGGCGCCACCGCGCGGCACAUGUCGAGUGAACGCGGCACGCCGAGCAACACUGAAGAGAAGCAGAAGGGCCGGACGUUCCAGGGCCAGGUCGUCGGCAGCAUCACCCAGCGUCUGGCGCGUGAGAAGGCGGAGCGGGAGAGGUUCGCUGCCGAGCGGGAGAAGACGGGGAACAGCAGGAAUCUGGCGUACACGUUUGUGCUACUCACCACGAUGGGAGUGUCCUAUUACCUAGGCACCCUCGUACCCCCGAGCCCCAGCGAAGAAUCGACCCUACCGCUAGCCAAGACGAUCGCGCCGGUCCACAAGCUCAACAAGGAGAACCUCGAGGCCGCCUGGGCCGACUUUGUCAGCAUUGUCGGCAAGGAGCACGUCAGCACCACAAAGGUCGACCUCGAACACCACGCCAACUCGGAGUGGUCCUCGCACUCGGCCAAGCCCGACGAGCGGCCGUUCUGCGUCGUCUUCCCCAGUACCACCGAGGAGGUGUCAGAGAUCAUGAAGAUCUGCCACCAGCGACGCAUCCCCGUCGUCGGCUACAGCGGCGGCACCAGUCUGGAGGGCCACUUCACGCCCACGCGCGGCGGCAUCUCGAUCGAUUUCGGGCGCAUGAACAAGGUCCUGAAGCUGCACCAGGAGGACCUCGACGUCGUGGUGCAGCCCGCCGUCGGGUGGGAGUCGCUCAACGACCAGCUGGCGCAGACGGGCCUGUUCUUCCCGCCGGACCCGGGCCCGGGCGCCAUGAUUGGCGGCAUGAUUGGCACCGGAUGCAGCGGCACCAACGCCUACCGCUACGGCACCAUGCGCGAGUGGGUGCUGAGCCUGACGGUCGUGCUGGCCGACGGCACCAUCAUCAAGACGCGGCAGCGCCCGCGCAAGAGCUCCGCCGGCUACGACCUCACCAAGCUCUUCAUCGGGUCCGAGGGCACCCUCGGCCUCGUGACGGAGGCCACCCUCAAAGUCACGACGAAGCCCGCGUCCACCUCGGUCGCCGUCUCGGCCUUCCCCACGAUCCGCGACGCGGCGAACUGCGUCGCCAAGGUCGUCGCCGCCGGCAUCCCCGUCGCGGCGGUGGAGAUCCUGGACGACCUGCAGAUGCAGUGCAUCAACAAGGCCGGCAUGACGAGCAAGGCGUGGGCCGAGGCGCCGACGCUGUUCUUCAAGUUCGCCGGCACGGAGACGGGCGUCAAGGAGCAGGUGGCGCUGGUGAAGCAGCUCGCGAGCAAGACGGGCAGCAAGACGUUCGAUUUCGCCAAGAACGAGGAGGAGCAGCAGGAGCUGUGGAGCGCGAGGAAGGAGGCGCUGUGGAGCACGAUGGCGGUCCGGCGCGAGGGGGACCACGUCUGGACUGGGGACGUUGCGGUGCCGACGAGCCGGUUGCCUGAUAUUAUUGAGGAGACUAAGGAGGCUAUGGCCAAGAGUGGGCUUUUCGGCACCAUUGUUGGGCAUGUUGGGGAUGGAAACUUCCACACCAUUCUGCUUUACAAUGACCAGGAGCGCAAGAGGGCCGAACACCUGGUUCACAAUAUGGUCAAGAGAGCCGUCGAGAUGGAGGGCACCGUCACGGGUGAGCACGGCGUCGGACUUGUCAAGAGAGAUUACCUUCCUCACGAGCUGGGCGAGUCUACCGUCGAUACCAUGAGACAGAUCAAGAAGGCUCUUGACCCCCUCUGCCUGCUCAACUGCGAUAAGAUUGUCAGAGUGCAGCCGCCCAAGGCCGGCGAGGUGAGCGAGUGGUAAAAAGCGGCGGCGAGGUCGAGCAACACAUGGCUUCUCGGAUCCGGGCUCUGGUGUAAGAUGAAUAGGGGAGACAAAGAGGAAGCAGAACCUAGAUGGCAUUAUUAAACUCUUGUAUAUAUACAUCUCCCUGAUGCGUCUGGUCUGAACCCACGUAGUUCGGGCCGGCGCACAAUUGACAAGCAUCCAUUUCAA